AGAAGGCCAGUAACAUUCUGACACACACUCCCCAGCUUAGACACACUCUCGCUACACACACCGUCUCGGUCUCACAUGUUGGUGCCCACACCUGAGCACAGGUAACAGAGUAAGUUGGUGUCAGGGACGAGAGAGAAACACCAACAUGAGGACGCGCACGCUGACAUACGCAGCUCUGCUGGGCCUGCUCCUGUGGGCGUCCAGCAUCCACGCCGAGGAGACAGACGCCGGCGCUGACGAGGAGACAGAGGCACCAGAGGAGGCGGUGGAGGAGAGGCCAAAGAAGGAGAAAACAACCGAGAUAGAGGAGGAGAAGGAUGUGAUGGUGCUCCACAUCAACAACUUUGACAGAGCUCUCAGCGAGAACAAGUUGUUAUUGGUGGAAUUCUAUGCUCCAUGGUGUGGACAUUGUCGAAAGCUGGAGCCGGUGUAUGCUGAGGCGGCUGGGAAGCUCAAGGGGGAGGAACCAGUGAUGCGAUUGGCCAAAGUGGACGCCACAGAGGAGAAGGAGCUGGCUGAGGAGUUUGACAUUGGCGGCUUUCCAACUCUGAAACUGUUUAUCAAUGGAAACCGCAAAGAGCCUGUCGACUACACUGGUAAGAGGACAGUAAAGGGCAUAAUCCAGUGGAUGAAGCGUCGUUCUGGCCCCAGUGCUGCAGUGUUGGACACUCCAGCCUCUGCAGCAAAAUUCAUUGAUUCUCAUAAUAUCACUGUUGUGGGAUUCUUCAGUAGCGCAGAAAGUGAGGAGGCCAAGGUGUUCACCGAGGUUACCAUGGACAUGGUCGACGUUGAGUUUGCCAUGACGACCAGUCCUGAGGUUUUCCAGAAGUAUGAGGUGAAGUCCAGCUCCGUUGUGCUCUUCAGAAAGUUUGAUGAUGGCAGAGCAGACCUCACACUGUCAGAAGAAAAGAAGCUGGACAAAGAUGAGCUGACCGCCUUCAUCCAAGAAAACAGCCUGGAGCUGAUCAUAACGUUCAGUGAACAUAACGCAGAUAAGAUCUUCAGCUCAAAGAUCCACACACACAGCCUGCUGUUCAUCAACUCCACUGUGGAGAGUCACACCGCCCUGCUCGACGACUACAGGACUCUUGCCAAGGAGUUCAAGGGCAAGAUGCUGUUCGUUGUGAUUGACGUGACAUCAGGCCUGUCUCAUGUGCUGAAGUACUUUGGCUUGUCUGAGAGCGACGCCCCGACCGCUCGCAUCAUCAACACAGACACGGUGAAGAAGUUCGCCAUCGAAGCCAAGGAGCUCACGGCCAACACACUGCGACACUUCUGCCAGUCUGUACUGGAUGGCACAGCCCAGCCCCACCUGCUGAGCGAGGAGCUCCCCGAGGACUGGAACAAAGGCCCCGUCACCGUCCUGGUGGGGAAGAACUUCGAGGCUGUUGCUCUGGACUCGACCAAAAACGUCUUUGUAGAGUUUUAUGCUCCAUGGUGUGGCCACUGUAAAGAACUGGCUCCUAUCUGGGAGAAGCUGGGUGAGAAGUACGCUGACCGUGAUGACAUCAUCAUAGCCAAGAUGGACGCCACCGCCAACGAGGUGGAAUCAGUCUCUGUCUCUGGGUUCCCCACACUAAAAUACUUCCCUGCUGGUGGCAAGGAGGUGGUCGACUACACCGGCAGCAGAGAUCUGGAGACUCUGUCUAAGUUCCUGGACAACGGAGGAGUGUUGCCUAAGGAGGAGGAGGAUGAUGAUGAUGAUGAUGAUGAUGAUGAUGAUGAUGAUGAUGAUGAUGACGACAACAAAGAGGAGGUGACCGAUGAGUCAUUGCAGCCUCCAGCCAACAAAACAUCAAAAGAUGAGCUGUGAUGUCACUCUGGCUUCAGCCAAUCAGGAUCAAUCUUGCAGCUUCCAGUGUUUCUUAAUAAAAUAUUUUGAAUCACAGA